AUGGCGAAAGUGUUUGAGUUCGCUGAAGUCGCAAAGCACAACACGGCUGAGAGCUGUUGGGUAGUUCUCUACGGCAAUGUCUACGAUGUAACGCGAUUCAUUCCUGAACACCCUGGUGGCAGUAAAGUCAUCCUCCAGCUCGCGGGCUCAGACGCGACCGACGAGUACGAUCCUAUCCACCCGCCCGGCAUACUCGAAGAGAACCUCAAGCCUGAAGACAAGCUUGGUACUAUCAACGCCGCCUCGUUACCAAAGGAAGAGAAGAUGCCUGUGGAAACUGGAGAGGCACAGAAUGACGGACCCGUGGAUCUAGACAGCAUACUGAACAUCGACGAGAUCGAAGAGGUGGCGACCAAGAACAUAGCACACAAGGGAUGGGCAUACUACUACUCAGCCGCUGACGACCUAGCAAGCAAAGCAUUCAACAACAGAGUAUACCGCCAAAUCCUCCUCCGCCCACGCGUCUUCGUCGACUGCACGCGCUGCGACACCUCAACAUCCUUCAUCGGCAACAAAGUCAAGCUCCCCAUCUACGUCUCGCCCGCCGCCAUGGCGCGCCUCGGCCACCCCGACGGCGAAUGGGGCAUCGCCCAAGCCUGCGAGAAAUACGGCGCCAUGCAAAUCAUCUCGCAAAACGCCUCCAUGACCCCCGAGCAAAUCGUCGCCGACGCAACCCCCGACCAGGUCUUUGGCUGGCAACUCUACGUCCAGAACGAGCGCCACAAGAGCGAAGCCAUACUCGCACGCAUGAAUAGUCUUGAUCCGAUCAAGUUUAUCUGCCUCACCCUCGACGCCCCCGUCCCGGGCAAACGCGAACACGACGAGCGCAGCAAGAACGUCGCGUCAAACCUGCCUGUGCGCGCGGCUGUCCAGGAGGACCAGAGUGUUAGCAAAACGAGCGCCGAGCCCAAGAAACCCAAGUCCAUGGGCGUCGGCCAGAGUCUGUUCUGGGGCACCGCCGCAGACCUGACAUGGCGCACCACUCUCCCCUGGCUCGCGAAACACACGCACAAACCCAUCGUGCUGAAGGGCAUCCAGACGCACGAAGACGCGUAUCUCGCAUCGCUGUAUGCGCCGCAGGUCAAGGCGAUUAUCCUGUCGAAUCAUGGGGGCAGGGCGCUGGACACCGCGCCGCCGGCUGUACAUACACUUCUCGAGAUAAGGAAGUACUGCCCCGAGGUGUUUGAUCGCAUUGAAGUUUGGGUGGAUGGCGGGAUUAAGCGCGGCACGGAUGUCGUCAAGGCGUUGUGUUUGGGCGCGAGGGGAGUGGGUGUGGGCAGGGCGGCGUUGUUUGGGUUGGGCGCGGGGGGGAAGGAGGGUGUUGCGAGGGUUUUGGAAAUUUUGAAAGCGGAGACGGAGACGUGUAUGCGUCUGUUGGGAGUGGAGAGGGUGGAGGAUUUGGGCAUGCAGCAUAUCAACACAAGGGCUGUGGAGAGGGAUAUUUGGGACGGGCCGGGGCUGGAGAGGGCGAGUUUGAAGGCGAAGUUGUAG